AUUGGUUUUGCCAAAAUUUUGCACUGUUCCGGAUAUAUAAGCUUGUACAUAGUAAGGUGACUUCAGUGAGUACAGUUCGUCAGCACACAACAAACAAUAUGCUUACCUUUGAAGAAAUCGUUGAGAAGGCACGCAACUUCAAGCAAAAGCCAACACAAGAGGAAUUCUUGGAAUUCUACGGCUACUACAAGCAAGCAACUGCUGGUGACUGUGACUCCGACGAGCCAGAGGAUCCAAUCAAGAAGGCCUUGUGGCAAGCAUGGAAAGACAAAGCCGGUAUGACCGCUGAUGAUGCCAAAGAAUACUACAUUAAGGUCUACCAUAAAUAUGCACCAAAAUACCAAGAAUAAAUUAUCCACAUUAGUCAAUAGUUUUCAAAGUUAUCAAUUUGAAGAAUUUAUGUACUAAAUUAGUUAAAUAAAAAGCCUUAUAAGUUUAGACAUGUAAAAGUAAAAAACUAA